UUUCUGUCCAAAGAGCUUUAAACCAUGAAAGUUGGCAAGGAAGCUUUUUUUUUGUCAAACUACCUUUCCUACUGCCUUUCAACUUUUUCCUUUAAGACAUGCUUGAUAGAUAACUGUUAAGUCAUGUUAGAUACUCAGUUGGCAACCAGAUAUUGGAUCUAUUCAAAAGAUCUAUAUAUGUGCAUAUGUACAUUCUGUCUGCCAAAAGGAUAUCCAAAUAGUGUGACCCUGUAUAAAAGAGCCUACUGCUCCCCAGUACUUACAGCGCUGUGAGUUUACCCUUUCAGUUGCUCGAAGAAGUCUCAAAGAAAACCAACUGAGUCUGCAAAAUGUUUCUGGCCCAACAAGGUUGAGUCCUCCUUCAUUAGAUCGUCAGUGACAUCGAUCACGCAGUGGUCUGCUACGCAAAACUUUAUUGCUACGUUUUCGCGCUGCUAAGUGUUGAAGCUAUAAAGGUGAUUUUGAAACACUUCCAAGCUUACUUCUGAUACCUCGAUUUAAAAAAUUUGUUGGUCAUCUGCCAUUUGCAUUAGAAAUUCUAAUGCCGGGUUCGUAAAGUCGGCACCUAUUCUGUCCUCUAUCCUUGGCCAAUCUUUGUAUUUAUGUACAAAUUUGGGAUCAAAGUGAGGAAAUGCGUUUGACCAGCACGUUCAGUCUAAAAUUUGAACCUGGAAUUUCCUGCAAGGACAGAUUUUUUUUUAGCAUAGAGUCAGAAAACCCGUGUCAUUCCUAUCCUAGCAUUUUAACCAAAAACCUGUAUGUUAGUUGUUAUUAUGAAGACUACCGGCAGGUUUUUGCAUUUGCAAGCCCUCUCUCCAGGUUGCUGCUGUUUGAACAAGAUUGUGGAGUGAAAUCCAUUCGAAAAUCGACUUUAGGACCUUGGUUAAACAAGUUCUCAAAGCAAACCUUUGCACUAUACGAAAACGUUAUUUUAGAGUUUUUCGUUUAGUUUUUGGACACCAGAUAAUCGAACGGCCAAUUAUCCGAUAUACAUAGCUACUCUAUUGACCUAUGGGUUCACAAUCCUAGUCCGACCAAAGAGUCUUCCACAGUCGCACAUGGCUCCCUUCGGCUUCAAGCCUGACGGAAAACAAGCAUUUUUCAAAUCCCGUAUUAAAGCUGAUUCUAACACAAAACUAAUUCCCUUACACAUUUCUUACAGCUAGCGAUCUUAAGCGAUGCGUAGCCGGUGAUAGCAAGUGCAUUAUAAAAAAUAUAAAUACUGUGUUCGGCGAAAAAAAUCAAGGAGACGAAAGUUUCGGUCUGAGCCAAACGGAACCAUUCAAAAUGGAAGACAUAAUUAUUAAACAGGAUCCGGCGAAUCCGGUGGCAAUUUAUUUAGCAUUAAAGAAUCCCGUAGUAUAUGGCACUAAAAACAUAAGAGCGAGGAAGGUUAAGGGAUUUGGCAAAACCCCAGAUGGUCGCCAUGAAUUGCUUUUGCACGCGCCCUACAUCUCAAUGAUAUCCGAUUAUGAAAUUGAUGGCAAAGUGCUGAUUUUGCCCAUAAAAGGUCAAGGCAAGAGUAAUAUCACGUUGGUUGAACCACUAAUGAAAAUGAUCAUAGAUGCCACCGCGCGCAUCGAAGAUGCCGACGAUCCGAAGCCAUGUAAAUUUGGAGAUGACGAAUGUUUACUGAAAGCUGUAAAUUUUUAUUUGGGUGACAAAAAUCAAGGUGACUCAGCAAUUAAUUUGCUUAAAAUUGAUCCACUCGAUGCUGGCACAUUUACACUCAAGCAAGGAGCGGACAAUCCUGUGAAUAUUGACUUAACAUUUAUCAAAAACAAAAUCACCGGCGUUGCCCAUGCUCAGGCAUACAAAGUUAGAGGCUUUGGCAAAGAUUUAGCCAAGAAACAUGAGCUGCGUUUCAAAGUGCCCGUAGCUAGCUUGAUCGGUGACUACAAGAUUCAAGGACGCGUUUUAAUUUUACCAAUAAGUGGUUCGGGCAAAAAUAAUAUUACCAUGUUGAAUGCGGAUUUCGUACUCCAGUGGGUGGGUGUGCCCGUGGAAAAGGAUGGAGCAACCUAUAUGAAAACGGACAAAUUUAGGGCAAUCGUUAAGCCCAAUAAAGUGAUUUUCGAUUUCCAAAAUCUUUUCAACGGCGACAAAGCGCUGGGUGAUAAUAUGAAUUUGUUUUUAAAUGAAAAUUGGAAAGAAAUCUAUCAGGAAGUUGAAGCAACAUUUUCGAAAGAAAUAUCUCGAUUGAUGGGAAAUGUUGUCGAUGCAGUUUUCUCUAAAACGCCAUAUAAUAAAUUAUUUACGGAAUAAAUACAAAAUAAAUAAAAAAACAAAGCAAAUAUUUCAAGGA